GCGAACCUCAUCAAUAAUCUCUGGCAGAGCGAUGUGCAGAUUUCGCCUGAACAAACCUCGGAUUGGAACGCCUACCUCAUGUCUUACAGAGAUGAGUGUAAAAAAGCUAUGAAAGGUAGUGGGGAUGAUGUAACCAUUAGAGAGCAUCAAGACAUCAUCGACAUCGCCAACGGGCUCGAGAAAGGCCGCACAAAAGAAGAGUUGAGACAGAUUCUGGUCGGAUGUUAUGCACAGAAAAGACAGGAUGAUGUUUUGAAGCGAAUCGCUGAAAGAUCCAUCAGGCUCGCUGUCCGUCUUGUCGCUAUGGUCGAUGUUGGCCCUAUUUCCCAGGAACCUAAUCCUGGCCACACUCCUCUCAGUUGGAUAAAAGCGCUCCUUGGGAAUUACUUCACCGAAAGCUGCUCGGUUCCAGAUACGCCAGAGUUUGGAAAGCUCUUCCAUGCUCUCAACAUUCGACGAUACGCUGGUCUGAAAAUCAAGUGGACUGGCACCACUCUGUGUGUCUUCCACCACGUAGCAUUCCUCAGAGGCCAAGACAGCGCAAUCUUUCCCGAUGGGUUCUUGGAAGAGACCCUACGAACACUUGCACUACUCUUCCCGCGUAACGACAUGCCCACAAAGAGGUGGCUCCAACGUGAAGCAAAACCUAUGAGAGAAUCUACACAGCUUUACCUGGGACUACUACGCCUUGAUCGACUCAUGCCACAGGAUCGCCGAGUCGAGAAAUUCAAGUUCUGGCGCGACGAACUUAUCGAGCUGAAGGAAAGAUUUGAGCAACCGAGUCUGACAUCUAUACGGCAAUUUUGGUACGAUCGAAGAAGCAGAGGACAGUGGUAUACAUUCUGGAUCGCUAUCUUGGUUGUGCUUCUUACUAUUUUCUUUGGGUUGGUUCAAAGCAUUGAGGGCGCAAUGCAAGUGUACAAGGCGUAUCAUCCGACUCCAGGCUGA